GUUUUCACCAAAAUUCAUUCGUCAGAUGAAAUAGCCCCCCCAUUCCGGGCACUUCGUCUCAGAACUCUCCUCAGUUUCUCACUCUCCACCCAAACCCAACCAAACACAACUCUUAACUCUCAACUCCAAAAAUGGCGCUCUGCUGGUGCUGUUCUCCCAGAUGCCUCUUGCUCUUCUUCUUACUCUCCGCCGUCCCCGUCGCUUACCUCAUCUCCCUCGAGCUCGCCGCCCCCACCACCCACGUCUACCACUACCACUCCGCCGGCUGGUUCCGCGAGUGCGCCAAGUGGGACGAUCUCAACCGUCGCUUCCUCGUCUCCUUCAUGGACGGCGGCAUCGGCCAGAUUCCCGUCCCCGACGAUCACACCCCCGGCGCUGUCCUCGAGGAGCUCCCCUUAGUCAAACACGUAGACUUGGCCAAAAACGCUUCCCUCGGAUUUGUCAUCGACCGCCCCAGGAACCGCCUCCUCGUCGCCACCGCUGACGUCAUGGGCAACCGCUACAGCGCCCUCGCCGCCUACGACCUCUCCACGUGGAACCGCCUCUUCCUCACCCAGCUCAGCGGCCCAAGUGAUCCAAAAGCAUUCGCAGAUGAUGUUGCAGUCGAUUCAGAAGGUAAUGCAUACGUGACAGAUUGCACAGGCAGUUUUAUUUGGAAGGUUGGAGUGGAUGGCAAGUUCCUAUCAACUAUCAAAAGUCCUCUCUUCACUCCAAAAGAGUGGUACAAAGCCAUUGUUGGCCUAAAUGGAAUCGUUUAUCACCCAGAUGGAUACUUGAUUGUUAUUCACACUUUCAGCGGCAAUUUGUUCAAGAUCGACAUAUCAAACGGAGACGAAGUGAAGCAAAUUAAGGUCAUUGAAGGUUCGCUAAAAUUUGGAGAUGGUCUAGAGCUACUAUCUCCAACGCAGAUUGUAGUUGCUGGGAACCCAUCUGGUAGACUAGUGGAGAGCACUGAUGGGUGGGAGACGGCUUCAGUUGUCGGAAAGUUCUCAGGGCCUAAGCAUCGGUUGGCCACAGCAGCAACUGUUAAGGACGGGAAGGUGUAUCUCAACCACAUGGUUGCCAUGGGAUACCCUAAGAAGAAGCAUGCCAUUGUUGAGGCAGUCUUUUCUGCUUAAAACGAAAAAAAGUACUCGUCAAAUGUAGAUUACUUGCUGUUGUUGUCUGCGUAAUUUUACUUUGAUUCAUGUAUCAGUAACAAACCACAUCUCUAUAACUCCAUGAAUCUUCAGUGUUUUCAGAGCAUUUGUUUUUCUUA